UCAGACAAACAUUUUUGUUGUGCAAUAAAGUCAUUGAAUUUCAAACACAAACACAAACACACAGUUAGUGUUUGAAAUCAAAUCAAAUAAAACGAUUCAUUAGUUUUCAUUGAUUUGUUUAUAUUUUACUUUUGAUUGGAUCUGUUGGUUGUUUUCACCAAUCAAUCAAUCAAUCAAUCACUGGAUGACUGACUGACACAAGUAAUCAGUGGACCAACUGAUCCAAACAACAGACUUGUCUUAUAUCGCGAUAUUAUUAUCAUUAAAAAAAAACAAAAACACAAUGUCUUCGUCAUCGCCGUCGCCGCCGUCGACCGGCAACAGUCCUCAUCGGUUCAAUGCCGGACCAAUUGACUCGUUUUACGAUCCGGACUUUACGGCCGACAUUUCAAACAAGAUGAGAGUUCCCGAACGUAUUGUUAUCGAGUCUAACAAUACGCUCGAUGAUCCGGCCAUCAUUGCCGCCGCCAAAUCGCAAACCUAUCACAAUAACAAACCCAUUUGGAUGACUGUUCCCGAAAGGAUACUUGUUGUCGGCAACGAUAGCCAUAUGUCCGGCCGCGAACAGCUACCCGAACUCAAACUGGAAAACUCGAUGAUCGGUAUGGGCGACGGCGACUACUCGUCAAACGGCGAACCACUGGCCAUUCAUCUGACAACACCGCCUCAUUCGCUCAGACUCGACGAAUACUUGUUUCCGACGGCCGGCGACGGUCCGAACGUACAGUCGUCGGCGACCACUAACGGCCCCAACAGUAGGGGAUCCACUGCUGCUUCACAGCAACGGCUAAGGCGUAAUGUUGUACUGUCCGGACUGGCCACCAAUGACGACGAUAUAGAAAUAGCUCGCAAAGAGUCGACCAACGAAUCGCCUGAAUAUCAAAGUUAUUACAAUUCAAAUCAAUCGAUGAACGAUUUGAGCGGCGACUAUACGGCCUCCGGAGGCGGCGGCGGCGCUGUCGAACCGAACCAACUACGCAGACAAGUGAGGUCACUGUCGCGUCGGGUGGCGGCCAUUGAACUGGAAAACCAGAACCGACACCAACGGGAAGUAUUGGUCUAUACGGUAGGUGUCAUAUACUUUCUAAUCAAAGGCCUGUUUUGGAUUCGUCGACAACUGUGAACAUAGUGUAGUCGAAACAGUGAUGAGAGGACAGUCGUGUGUAUCAAUCAGCCGAAGUGUAUUGAAAUGUUAUUUUUUUGUUAUUAUUGUUGUCAGGUAUCGACAAUAAUUUAUAACAAAAUUAUUAUUUAACUGAUGAUUAUUAUUACAGUAAUAACACAAUAAGCAAAAUACUGAAACAAAACUUUUUGUUUGUUUGUUUAGUUUUCAAAAUAUUUAUUUGUUUAGUGAAAAUAACUUUACUAUUAUUCAUACUAUUAUUAUUAUUUACUGUCUUAUUGACCAAAAAAAUGUUAUAUUAGACUUCAAUAUAUUGUAUUUAUCUUAAAAAUAAUUGUUUUUUUUUCAUUACUUUUUUUUG